AUGGGAGGGGGCAAGUGGAUGGGCCUCUCGCGCCAUGAGUGGCCGCACUUCACGGAACCCUGGUCCACCACCGGAUGGAUGUGGCCGGACCCGAAGGGCUGGCGGCGCAACACGGCGAUUGCAGGUCUCGGCAUCGCGACCGUCACUUACAUGCUGUUCCGCUGGUCCGUGGAGAACGAGGUCCGCACCGUCAACCCACGCGAGAAGCGGGAGAACGGCUGGAUCCCCUCGCAGCUCUGGUACACUCCGGGCAAGCAGAUUCUGACCAUGGAGGAGCGGGAGAAGGAGCCGUGGAGGAAACUGCCCUGGGAGGAGCUGCCUGAGAUCGAGGGAGUGACCAAGGACAUGUACAAAGAGAGCGGACGGCUGCGCUGGGAGAAGUGA